AUGGAUCAGAAAUUUAUUUAAGCUAAAAGUCUACAAGAAAAGAGAGAAAUAAUACAUUUUUUAGAUAAAAGACUUUCUCCAUCUGAACUUGAAAACCUAUAUAAGAGUAUUCAUGUAGAGAAACCUGCUCAUAAUGCUUAUGAAAUAUUAGAUAUAGCAUUAGAUAAAAAUUUUGGCGGUCUUCUUCCAGAUAAGGCAUCUUAUAGUAUGGAUUAUAAUGAGGGUGUUUUUAAAAGAAUAAUAGAGUCUUUAGAAGAUUUAGAAAUGGUUGGAUUAUAUGCAAAAUAUGUUGUAUAAAAUUGUCGUGUUGAUUCACAUAAAUUAUUACUUAAGUAAUUAGGAUAUGUGACAGAGAGAUUAAUAAGAAAGUUUCGAUAAUAAGGAACAAUUGAAGAGCAUUUAUGUUUAAAUAAAUAAAGAGUAAUUGAAUUAGUAAGUAUAUUGUGUCCUAAAGAUAUGACAUAUAAUCCAGAAUUACUAUAAUUAAUAUUAAAAGCUUUUAGAGAUUAUUAGGAUGAAGAAUUAUUGAAAAAAUUAGCUGAUUCUCUGAUUUAAUAAUGUAAGGAUAGUAUGAAUUAGAAUAGAGAACAUGAUUGGUUAAUGCUUAUUGCAACUAUAUUUGAUUAAGCUAUUGAAUAAAAAGGAAUAUGUUUGCAUAUUUUAUACAAAAAAAUUGGAAACACAACAUUAGGUCACGCAAUUAAUAAAAACAAAAAUUAUUUUUUAAUUAAUUAUUUUGAUAACCCAGAUAAACCUGUCAAAAUAUUUAAAGGUCUAUUAAAAUAUAGCAUAUAAAAUGAGAACUUAGCAAUUUUAUAAGAAAUUACAGAUAUAUUAGAGGAAUAAAUGCGUUAAAAUUAUAAUUAAAGUUCAUAUUUAAUCUUAAGUGAAAUUUAUGUGUAAGUCAUCUUACCAUAAUUAUUAUCUUAAUUACAUUUAAAUACUAAUAUUCUAGAUUUAUUACAGGUAUUUUUAAUAGGUAUGUCUAAAAGACAAGAAUUAUUUAAAGAUCAACAUAUUAAAAUAAUGUGUGAUAGAUUAAAAUUAUUGAUUGACUUAAAAUGGAAUGAUCGAUUAAUUUUUGAUAAAUUAUAUGCAUUUAUGAGUGCUAUUUAUAAAAAAUAUUAGAAUAGAUUACACAAUCAUGAAUAAUUUCCAAAAUUAUUAAAUCUGACAAGAGAAAGAUGUUAUGAUUAAUACAAUUAAAUAGAUCAUAUAUAAUGGGAUUGUCAAAUUUUAAAAUAUAGAAAUUUUGAAGAUAAUUUAUAUGAUAGAUCUAAUUAUGACAAUUUUGUUGGAUUAGAAAAUCUUACUAAUACUUGUUUUAUGAAUAGUAUUUUGCAAACACUUUAUAUGACAGAUAGUUUUAGGAAAUUCAUUUUGAUGAAUUCAAUUCCAGAUGCUAAAUAAUAUAAUGCAUUAAGAAAAUUGUUUAUGUUAUUAAAUUAUUAAGAGUCUGGUUUUUGUUCACCUUAUGAAUUAAAGAGAUUACUUAGACCUCCAUAUAGUAAUACAAAUGAUUAAUAAGAUGUUGGAGAAUUUGUCCAUCAUUUUUUAGAAGAUCUACUUAAAUAUAUACCAAAGGAAUAUUAAGAAAUAUUAGAAAACAUUUUCUUUGGUUCUCAUAGAUCAGUUAUAGAAUGUCCUAAUUGUGAUGUUUCAUUAGGUUAAAUUGAAAAGUUUUUAGGAAUUGAUUUGCAUUUAAAUAAACAUACUGAAUUAAAAGAUAUGAUUGCAUAAGUAUAUGAGGUUGAAUAAAUAGAAUUUACUUGUGAAAAAUGUAAUCGUAGAUCUAAUGAUAUUAAAAAGUCUUUGUAAAUAUUAAACUUACCUCCUGUUUUGUUUAUGACUAUAUAAAGGUAUAUUUUUAUAUUUAAACAGAUUUUAAUAUGAUGCUCAAACUUAAUAAAUGACAAAGAUACUUUAAAAAGUUCCUCUAAAAUUUGAAAUAGAUAUGAGAUAAGUAUUUCAAUAAUCAUAUCUUGAUACUCAUGAUAGUACAUAUAUCUUAUAUGCAUUUAUUGUGCAUUUGGGAAAAAACAGUUAUUCAGGACAUUAUUCUUGUUAUGCUAGAUCAAUGUCUAAACCUGAAACUUGGAUUUGUUUUGAUGAUGAUUAAAUUAAUAAAUAUGAAUUAACCAAUUAAGAUUUAAAUUCUUAAUUAAUGUAAGAAUAUUAAUAAUAUCAUAUCCUAGUGAUGAAGAAACUCCAUAUUUACUUUUCUACAAAAAUAAAUCUGGCCAUAGUCUAAGUAUUAAUAAAUGA